GUCAUCUAUACGAGCGCCUGAGUAGUUGACGUUCAAUUCCCAAUCACUAAGGGCGGCUUCAAUAGGGAGCUGCGUGAGCGGGCGGGUGCUCUCUUUCUCCCUACAAGCGCCUUCAUCGGCGAACCCCAAUUUAAAUCGCAAUCAUGAAUCUUCUGAGCUCGACUGCGAUCCCGAUCCCAUUCACACUCCGCUAUCUAGGUUAAUCAAGGAGAUUUUAUAUUUCAAGUAAAAGACUACACCUUGUGUUGUGCUAUGGGUCCGGGAUUAGUCCGGGUCCCACCACUACCUGCCUUGUAUGUAGGGAUCUUCGAUCUUUCUGGUGGAUUUUAGUGUUACAUUUGUGUGUGUGAUCUGUGCCGCUGAAUCUGGGAUAUUUGGGGAAUGGGCUCCAAGCCGUGGCUGUACCCGGCUCCGAAUUAUCGAACUCUAGAGACCCUCUGGGAUACCGAUGAAGAUGCCCCGGGUCCCCGAACGGGCCACACGCUCACGGCCGUUGCCGCCACCAAGACGCAAGGCCCCCGCCUCAUCUUAUUCGGGGGCGCCACCGCCAUUGAAGGAGGCUCUUCCUCUACUCCCGGCAUUCGAUUAGCGGGAGUCACAAAUUCAGUUCAUUCCUACGACGUUGCCUCGAAAAAAUGGACCAGAAUAAGACCCGCUGGCGAGCCGCCCUCUCCUCGGGCUGCCCAUGCUGCGGCUGCUGUUGGAACUAUGGUUGUUUUCCAGGGCGGGAUAGGUCCUGCCGGGCAUUCAACCGAUGACCUCUUUGUGCUUGACAUGACCAAUGAUAAAUUCAAGUGGCACAGAGUCGUUGUGCAAGGACAAGGACCUGGGCCUCGCUACGGUCAUGUGAUGGACUUGGUUGCUCAAAGAUAUCUUGUCACUGUUAGCGGGAAUGACGGGAAAAGAGUCCUGUCUGAUGCCUGGGCUCUGGAUACCGCUCAAAAACCUUAUGUGUGGCAGAGGUUAAAUCCAGAAGGUGACAGACCUUCUGCUAGAAUGUAUGCAACUGCUAGUGCCCGCUCAGAUGGUAUGUUUCUGCUGUGUGGUGGAAGAGACUCUUCUGGAGCAGCACUAGGUGAUGCCUAUGGACUGCUCAUGCAUAGGAAUGGUCAGUGGGAAUGGACUCUUGCACCUGGAGUUUCCCCUUCCCCAAGGUAUCAACAUGCUGCGGUUUUUGUAGGUGCAAGAUUGCAUGUUACAGGAGGUGUUCUUAAGGGCGGACGUGCAGUAGAAGGUGAAGCAGCCAUUUCAGUAUUGGACACUGCUGCUGGGGUUUGGCUGGACAGAAAUGGCCUUGUGACCACCUCAUCACGUGCAAGCAGAGGUUAUGAUUAUGACCCUUCUUUGGAUCUCAUGCGUCGUUGUCGUCACGCAGCAGCUGCUGUUGAUGCUCACAUAUAUAUUUAUGGCGGUCUCAGAGGAGAUACUCUGCUGGAUGAUUUCCUAGUAGCUGAAAAUUCACAUACGUCUGAAAUUAACUCUCCUGUUUUAACGGCUGAGAGAGCUUCAACUAUUGCAAGCCCCAACAGGAACCAAACUAAUAACCUGAAAACACCAGGUUUGGGUGAUGGAUCAGACAUUCACUCAUCUGGUGGCAUGGGCACCAUGGAUAAAAACUCCAUGGAGAAACUGAGGGAAGCAUCUGCCGCUGAGGCUGAGGUGGCAAGUGCUGUCUGGCAAGCUGUGCAAUCUGUAUCAAGCAGCCAAGCUGAAGUAACAUCUGUGUCAGAUGACAACUCACAAGCUGCAGAAACAGCUUCAGAUGGCAGUGAUGUAGAGGGGGAUGUUCGCCUUCAUCCAAGAGCUGUUGUAGUUGCUAAAGAGGCUGUGGGUAAUCUGGGUGGAAUGGUGAGACAGUUAUCACUGGAUCAAUUUGAAAAUGAGAGCAGAAGGAUGAUUCCCAUAAAUAAUGAUUUGCAAUGUUCUGCAAAAAGGUUCACCAGGCAGAAAUCCCCUCAGGGCUUACAUAAAAAGAUAAUUUCAACUUUGCUCAGGCCUCGCAACUGGAAAGCUCCUGCAAACAGGCGGUUCUUCUUGGAUUCCUAUGAAGUGGGUGAGCUGUGUUAUGCUGCUGAACAGAUAUUCAUGCAUGAACCAACUGUUCUACAGCUGAAAGCUCCUGUCAAAGUAUUUGGUGAUCUUCAUGGGCAGUUUGGUGAUUUGAUGCGGCUAUUUGAUGAAUAUGGAUUUCCUUCAACUGCUGGAGACAUAACGUAUAUUGACUACCUUUUUUUGGGGGAUUAUGUUGAUCGAGGACAGCAUAGCUUGGAAACCAUCACCCUGCUUCUUGCUCUUAAGAUUGAAUAUCCUGAGAAUGUUCACUUGAUUCGCGGAAACCAUGAAGCAGCUGACAUAAAUGCCCUAUUUGGUUUUCGCAUUGAGUGCAUAGAGAGAAUGGGAGAAAAUGAUGGAAUAUGGGCAUGGACACGGUUCAAUCAACUUUUUAACUAUCUUCCUCUUGCUGCCCUCAUUGAAAAGAAAAUUGUCUGUAUGCAUGGUGGUAUAGGAAGGUCUAUCCAUUCAGUAGAACAGAUAGAAAAGCUUGAAAGGCCCAUAACAAUGGAUGCAGGAUCUAUUAUUUUAAUGGACCUUUUAUGGUCUGAUCCCACUGAGAAUGAUAGCGUUGAGGGUUUGAGACCAAAUGCCAGAGGGCCAGGACUUGUCACAUUUGGGCCCGAUCGUGUGACCGAAUUCUGCAAGAAAAAUAAAUUACAGCUUAUUAUACGAGCGCAUGAGUGUGUCAUGGAUGGUUUUGAGCGAUUUGCCCAGGGACAGUUGAUCACUCUUUUUUCUGCGACUAAUUAUUGUGGGACGGCUAACAAUGCUGGAGCCAUACUGGUAGUUGGAAGGGGCUUGGUUGUGGUUCCAAAAUUAAUUCAUCCCUUACCCCCUCCCAUUCAGUCUCCGGAGACAUCUCCUGAGCGUGUCAUGGAGGAGACGUGGAUGCAGGAGCUUAAUAUUCAGAGGCCCCCAACUCCUACUCGGGGUCGACCCCAGCCAGAUCAUGAUCGCAAUUCACUGGCGUACAUAUGAGUGACAUUAUUUAUGACUUAGGCUUGCCGCAACCGGGGAUUUUAUUGGCAAGGCUUGAUCCAAUGUUCUGCUACUCCUAUGUAGUCACUGGUGAGUGGCGAUAGUAUACAACGUAUUUUUUGUUGUACUUCGUUUUUGGUUUUGUAGUGGCGGAAAAAUCAAUUCUGGCCGUUUCGUGUACAAAAAGCUUUAGAGUGCCUCUUGAUGUACGGAUGAUGUUCCUGUUCAUAUUGAUAUAGCGCACGUCGGGCAUGAAGGUGGAAGAAAUGGAAACUAUCUUCUGCUCAACAUGGCCUUAACUACAUAGUGAGGAAAUUUGGUUGAUUGGCUUGUAAAUUGCUAUAAAAAGGAUUGUAUACCACUUUGCCUUCGCAUGGUGUUUAUAACAUUUUGAUCAAAGCGUCUUUCAAGUUUGAA